CGCUACGGGAAGAGGGAGGAGACUGCGGCGACGGCAGCGACUAGUGGAAGCCCAAGGUGGCAGAAGGGCUGCCGCCACCAAGAGGAAGACGGAGGGCCCACAAGCUUAGAACCAGGGAAACAGCCUCUCAUACCCAGCCCCGCCGCCCUCCUAGACCCUCUCGCCUAAGAAUUCUCCCCUCUCAACUCUGGCAAGCACACAAUCUGCUGGAUAGUAGCCCGCUGAUCCACCUUCGCAACAGGCUUUUAGCAGAGGCAGCAGCAAGGUGUCCGAUUUGGGCACGUGAGGCUCGCGAACCCCUGCGGUGGACGCCCAACAGGGCAAGGCCAUUGGCAUGAAGACCCCCAACACACAAGAGGCAGAAGGACAGCAAACCAGGUCAGCUGCAGGACGGGCCACGGGGUCUGCGAACUUGACAAAGAAGAAAGCUUCCCAGAAGAAGCAGAGGGGCAGACCUUCAUCCCAGCCCCGCAGAAACAUCGUGGGCUGCAGAAUUUCUCAUGGAUGGAAGGAAGGUGAUGAGCCCAUCACCCAGUGGAAAGGAACCGUUCUGGAUCAGGUGCCUAUAAAUCCCUCCCUUUAUCUAGUGAAGUAUGAUGGAAUUGACUGUGUCUAUGGAUUGGAACUUCACAGAGAUGAAAGAGUUUUGUCUCUUAAAAUUCUUUCCAACAAGGUGGCAUCAUCCCAAGUUAGUGACGCCAACCUUGCAAAUACCAUAAUUGGCAAAGCAGUGGAACAUAUGUUUGAGGGUGAGCAUGGUACCAAGGAUGAAUGGAGGGGGAUGGUCCUAGCCCAAGCACCUAUCAUGAAAGCCUGGUUUUAUAUUACCUAUGAGAAAGAUCCUGUCUUGUACAUGUACCAGCUUCUAGAUGAUUAUAAAGAAGGUGACCUCCGCAUCAUGCCAGAGUCCAGUGAGUCUCCUCCAGCAGAGAGGGAGCCAGGAGGAGUAGUAGAUGGCCUGAUAGGCAAACAUGUGGAAUAUACCAAAGAAGAUGGCUCCAAAAGGAUCGGCAUGGUCAUUCACCAAGUGGAAGCCAAACCUUCUGUGUAUUUCAUCAAGUUUGAUGAUGAUUUCCAUAUCUAUGUCUAUGAUUUGGUGAAAAAGUCCUAAACAUUGGGAUAAAACUUACCACAUUUGUGGAAAUAAACCCAUAAUUUGUAGACACGCAAAAAAUGCUGGUUUCCAGUGUAUUGAAAGUUUAAGGGUCCCUGAUGACCAGCAUAACUGUUGUUUUGUUCUGAAAAAUACAAGUUUAUGUGGAUGUGACAUACUGUGUAUAGGCACUUUCUCUUGAAAAGAUUGAGUAUGUUUGGUGGAUGGGGCAUGAAAAGAAGAAACAGCUGUCAAUUUAGCCUGUGAAUAAAGUGCAGCAAAGCAACUUCUCAUCACUCAUCUGAAAAAGAAAUGAGACUUAGCUGGUCUGGUAUAAGGGGGGAGGGGAAGGGACUAAUGAUGGGCUGUAGGGAAAGGGAGAGGAAGAGGUGACUGUGCAAGUAAAGAGGAAAAGGGCCAGAAAGAAGGAGGCUCCCUGGGGGAGGGAUGAACUGUGAAGGGGAAACAUCCAGUUGGGAAAGGAAUGAAGGAUAAGACAAAGUGGGAUCUUGGAGCUUGGAAGAAAAUAGAAUGAACUGAGUAGAGAGAGCCACAAGGAUGCUUAGAAGAGGUUCAUAAUAAAGGGAGAUAGAUCCAGUUGGUAGAGAUCUGGGGAGAGGUUGUAAGACACACAAAGAGAGGGUCUGCUGUGGGUAUCAGGCCAGGAAGGGAGGGAUGCUGAGGAAGGAAUAAUUCUAAGAAAGACUGAUUAAGGGAAUGAGAACACAGUAAAAAUGUUGUGGGGAGUGGGGUGCAUGAGGGAUGUAUAGGCCCAGGAAUUAGUUGGACUACUAGCAAUAUCCAUAUUGACCUCCCAGGCACUGUUCAUAAAGGAAGUGACAACUGUCUAAGAAGGCAGAUGUAUGGAAAGUUCUCUAGAAGGGUAUUUUUAUGGGGAUGAUUCAGAUGGGUUAAGCAGGAGCCAAGUUUAUACCUAUAAGGCUUUUCUUGUUUCAGGGAGUUUGUGCCACGCCUGCGGAGCAGAACCUCAAUUCUCAGCCUAAGCUCACUAACAUGGUGCUCCAUAAACUGGGCUGUGGGAGAGUAUGCUAUGCAGAAAAGUGGAACCUUGCUGAACCCAAGUACAGCAGUCCCAUCACUGGUCUUCCUCCUGCUGGGGCAUCAGAGGAUUGAGCCUCAUGUCUGUCCAGGGCAUGAGGAAUACUUGAUGGUCCAUGCUUCUUUCAGCAGCUGCCUGAAACCUCAUUUGGCUACAACCAAUGCUCCACCAAAGGGAGGUCCCCUGACACUAGGAGCCUCCUUCUCUCUUGACCCCCCACAAAGCCAGUGGCUACUAACAUCUCACUGGUACCUUCUGGACAGUGUUGACCACCCACAAACUCAUGGGGAGCUGUAAUGGAAUUGUGUAAAACUCUUUCUUUCCAGGUGAUGCAGUUGCCAUGGAAAGUUGGGCUGGGAAAUGUGACUUUGUAUAAGUAAUUAGUUUGACUGUGUAAUGAAUGCUACAUGGAGGUGUUCUGGUUAAUGGACAAAAGGAGUGGCAACCCCAAUAAAGUCCCUCAGAACCGUGGUG